AUGAGUUACUUCCUGUCUUACUGCAAAGCUCAUGGCGGCUCGCUGCUCACCGGCUACCAGGCGCUGCGCGCCGAGGGCUUCCUGUGCGACGUGACGCUGGAGGCGGAGGGCAGCGAGUUCCCGGCGCACAGGUCGCUCCUCGCGUGUUCCAGCGACUACUUCAGGGCUCUGUUCAAGAGUCACACCCGGGAAUCCCGGGCGAGCGUGAUCCGCCUGCACGUGCCGUCGGCGGCGGGCCUGCAGCGCCUGCUGGACUUCAUCUACACCGCCUGGCUGCCGCUCUCCAUGGACACAGUGGAGGACACGCUGGAGGCCGCCAGCUACCUGCAGGUCACCGAGGCCCUGGGGCUCUGCGGCCGCUACCUGGAGCGCCAGCUGGCCCCGGAGAACUGCUGCUUUGCCGCCAACGUGGCGGCUCGCUUUGGCCUGGCGCACACGCUGGGCGCGGCCGAACGCUGCAUCGUGACCCACCUGAGGGAGCUGCUGGCGCGGGGCGCGGGCCCGGCCGGCCUUCUGGAGCUCAACCCCGCGUCGCUGAGGGCCGUGCUCGGUGCCCCUGACGUGGCGCGGGUGCCCGAGGCCCGGCUGCUGGGCCUGGCGCUGGCCUGGCUGCGGCAGGAGCCUGAGGCCGAACGCCUGGCCCACUGCACUCAGCUCCUCGAGCGGGUCCGCUUCGGCCUCGUGCCCGCCGACGUGCUGCGGCGCGUGUACUCGGGCUCCGGCCUCACCCUGCCCGCCCGGGUCAAGGGCCUCAUCAUCCAGGCCCUCAACUACCACACGUCGCCCUCCCGCCAGCCGCUCCUGCAGGGCGAGCAGACCAGCGUCCGGAGCCCUCAAACCCGCAUCUUGUUGGUCGGGGGGCGCCGGGGGCAGGAGGUGGACGUGGUGGCCUUUGACGUGUACAACCACCGCUGGCGCAGCCUCACGCGGCUGCCUGCUCAGCUGCUGGCGCACAGCGUGUGUGUCGCGGGCAACUUCCUCUUCGUCCUGGGCGGGGAGAGCCCAUCGGGCGGCGCCUGCUCGCCCCCAGCCGACGGUCCGCUGGCUGUCACGGCCCAAGUGCACCGUUACGACCCGCGCUUCCACGUGUGGACGACCGUGCCCCCUAUGCGGGAAGCACGGGCCCAUUUCUGGUGCGGCGCCGUGGGCGAGGGGCUCCUGGCCGUCGGGGGCCUGGGGGCGGGCGGCCAAGCGCUGGCUUCGGUGGAAAUGUAUGACCUGCGCCGGGACCGCUGGACGGCGGCCGGGGCGCUGCCGCGGGCUCUGCACGGCCACGCGGGCGCCGUCGGGGACCGCGGCGUCGUGUACAUCUCCGGGGGCAAGGCGGGGAGAGGCGACGGGGGCGCGAGCAGCCUCCGGGACGUGUUCUCCCUGGCCCCCGGGGAGCAGGCGUGGAGCAAGAGAGCGCCCAUGGGCACGGCCCGCUUCGGGCACCACAUGGCCGCCCUGCGCGGCGCGGUGUUCGCCUUUCUGGGGCGCUACGAGCCCUUCUCCGAGAUCGAGCGCUACGACCCCAGCGCUGACCAGUGGACUCGGCUGCGGCCGCUACCCUACGACCGCUUUUGCUAUGGGCUGGCCUUGGUGGAGGAGACGGUGCUGCUACUGGGCGGCCUCAAGUGGCGGGACUCACGCCAGGUGCCCACCCGCAACGUGGUGGGCUAUGACCUCGACCUGGACCGCUGGGAGGAUAUUGGCUGCGCGCUGCCCUGGGCCUGGAGCGGCCUGCAGUGCGCAGUGCUGCAGCUGGCAGAGGGUGGGGACGAGCAGAGGGAGGCAGAGCCGGGAGAGACGCUGGAUUUUGUGCUGGGCUUAAUGGGUUAA